CAACUAACUACACAGCACAUGUUAUCGCCCGUAUGUACGGACAUCCAUGACAACCCCUAAGGUUUUGAGAGACCAGCAUAUUCCUUCUUAAGGGUUGUUUGUAUGUAAACAAUUUACGUAGUUUGUAGCGUUCCCAAAACAAAAAGCAAAAAUUGUAAUAAAACUAUUAUUUUGUACCAAUUUUUCAAUAUAUAAAUAAUAAAAUACAAAAUCCAUAGCAAAGUAGUACUUUGAAUGAUGUUAUUAUGAGGAAUACCCGGAGUACAAAAGCUACCCAUAAACAUCCUAAGAUUAAGGAGAAACCCAAACGAAGAAUCACCAUAACUCAAAAUAAAAAUAGCGAGUCGGACAAUAGUGAAAACUCUUUAAAACUAUCAGAUAAUAAUAGUAGCUCAGAUACGGAUCAUGGCAAAAGUAGGGUGUCUGACAAUUGCACAAGUCCAUCCAAACUUUCAGACUCCAGUGGAUCCACGAAAAUUACCCGACGUUCAAAUCGUACUUUGGUAACAAAUCAGACUAAUAAUGAGGAACAAGAAAGAUUACAGUCUUCCCAAAAGUCAUUAAAUGAACAGGAUACCCUGGACAAACAGAAAUCUUCAAAACAAAAUGGAAAUCACCUUGAAGAACUCCCAACUGGCAAAAGUAACUCCUCUAUACAGGGAACAACUUCAAGCAACAAAGAGAUACACACGGUUUCGAAUGGAAGUAUAGAACAAAAUUCAACAGAGAAAGCUAUUGCUAACGAUUCCUCUAUCCAUGGAGAAGAUAGUACCACUGAUUUAUCCAUCCCAGAAAAAAAUAGUACUGGCGAUUCUACAAUUCCACUAUUGGAGAAAAAUACUAAAGCUGAAUGUGUCCCAAGAGAAGUUAGUACUAACGAUUCUACUAUCCCACUAUUGAAGAAAAAUACUGAACCUGAGUGUGUCCCAGCAGAAGUUAGUACUAAAGAUUCUAUAAUUUCACCAUUGGAGAAAAACACUGAAUGCGAUGCAAAGAAAUACUCCUUUGGGAGUUUGACUGUAAAUGGGAGUCAGUCAGAAGAAUUUCAUCAAAACAUAGAAACCUUAUUAAAAUCAGACAAAAAUAAUUCUCCAAAUACUCAAAUAUGCUCAAAUUCAAAAAUUCAUUCCAAAAAUGAAAUCGUAUUAACACCAGAUAAAAAUAACACCCCAAAUUCACAGGAAUGCUUGAAUACAGAUAUAAAUCUAGCGUCCGCCGAAGAACCUCAUAAAAAUACAAACACAUUGCCGACACUGGACACAAAUAGCAAUCCAGCAGUGAAGAGAGUCUAUCCAGUUAGUUUAAUAAACAAUGGAAUUCCAGAACAAAAUCUACCUCCUGGCAAAAACGCCUACCUAAUGCUGAAGAAAAAUAAUGGUCCAGAUAUAAAGACGACAUCAAAUAUUCAUAUAAAUGGAACAAGUACAGAGGAAAUUAUACCAGAUAAAACUAAUUUUUCAUUUUUGUUGAACAAUCAUGAUUCUGAGAUACAGAAAAGCUCAAAUGGUGUUGUUGUAAUUAACAACGUUGCAAAAGAUGUAACAAAUCCAAAUACGGUGCACUUGUUAAAUGGUCAUGACAAUAGCUAUUUUACAACUAAGGAAAAUCCAGAAAUUCUUAAAUCGCAAAAUGGAUAUAAUAUAGCCUCCAAUGGAGAUAGUGUUUCGUUGGAAGAUGAAUCAUUAGUUGCUGUUUUAAAAGAAUUAAAUCUUUGUGAGGAAUUAUACAAUUUUAUGAAAUCAAAAAAUAUUACCGCAGAUGCCUUAAAAUGUAUGAAAAUCAGACACAUCGAUGAACUAUUUCAGGGAAUGAACCUAAAUUUGAAAAUCAUUUUCGAACAUCGCCUAUUCGAAUGGCAAGAAAGACUUAAGAAACAAACCUAUGUCGCAGAAGAAGGAGAGACAUCAUUGAAGAUCUCACAAAAAGUUUGUUAUGGAGAAAAUUGUCAGUUACUAGCAGUGGAGAGGAAACCAUCGGGAAGCAUUUCAUCAUAUCACAUAACCGGAGAUCAGGACCUAAGUAAUUUUUCAAAUCAACUUAUGGAUGUAAUACAGAAUGGUCUUAAUUCGUUACUAAAGCAAUUUCAAGUUCCAUCGAAUGGAAAUCAGAAAGAAAUAAUUGAACAAACAACCAGCAAAGAAAUAGUAACUGAAACUCCAACUGCGUAUGUUAUUGCGCCCGAAACAAAUCAAACUUCUAAUAAUGUAAAAAUUCUGAGCGUGGUCAAUUUAUCAGAAUCUCAACCGCCAGGGACAGUGAUUUUGGAUCCGGCAGACCUUGAAUAUACAUCUCUAGAUGCAAUAAUACAAGCCGAAACAGCAUCUAUGCAUUCGUCGCAGAAUAACCAAAAUGAAGUGGCCUCGUGUGAUGAUGACAAUAGUCCAAGAAUGAAAAUACCCUCAAAGCAGAUUAUCAGAAGUAAUAUGUUGGAGCCAUCACCGACACACUUUGGCAAAAGGAAAUGGGGCAUUGAAACCGAAUUGAAAGAAAUCCUCCAAAUGUACAAACCAGGAAAUUUAAUUAUGAAACACUAUAAAUAUUUCGGAAGCCUGACAUCAAAGCUACGUACCGAUCUCGUGCACAUCAUUGUGGAUCAUUUCAUUGCGAACGAUGAAUUUAUGUGUGUCAAUCAAUGUCGUGAUUUGGCAAAACAAAUUGUCGAACUAUUUCCCACCGAGCAUGUGGAAACCUAUUUCUAUCAACAAAAUAAAAGUUUAACACCACGAGGAAAGCUGUGGAAUCACCAUAAUAACGAGAGACGAGCACAGAAAAAGGUUUCCUCUAAAUCCUAUUCGAAAUCGAAUCGCCUAAAAAUGGAAUCAACUUGUGGCCAUCUAAAGAAGAUCGAGGAUGUAAAUUUUCUAUUAAAGAAAUGGAAUGCAACAUUUGAUUAUCGGCGUUAUCAAUUGCAUAGCGGAUUUUUUAGCAAUUGGAAAGCGUAUUUUGAUGAAUAUCCUUUUUGUAAACAACAAAACUAUGCGACAUUUAUCGAUGCCGAUUUAUCAACUCUAUAUUCCGAUCUGAUAUUUGACGACCAAUUGUGGGAAGAUUUUCUAAAUAACUUUCAAAUACACUUGUGGAAUCGGUGUAAAAAUGAAUAUGCCAAAGAUAUAUACGAUGAGUUGUGUGCCAUGAGUGAUGUAGCCACUACAACGGACUAUUUUCCAAUACGAUUAUUACAAUUGUUACAUUGUGUAUUCGAUGGUAAUACGAAAGAUCAAACCUACAUGGAUGACCCCUUACGCCAAUUCACUGUAGAAGUGUCUAAUUUGGUGGAUCUCAAAGAAAUUGUCAUCGAACGCAAACGAUUUUAUUUGGAAAACAAUCAGCAAUGUAAGCCUUAUAUAGCUGUGGUCCGAGAGAAUAAUACCUAUGUCCAUUAUUCGGUGGUCAUCGAUUCAACCGGCUUUGGAUGUGACAAUUACAAGGAAUCUCUAAUACUAUGUUUUAAAUUGUAUUUAUUUUUUGACAUAUGCUAUCCGGAAGAGUCAUAUUGUGUAUGGCUAUUUAUACAGAAGUAUUUUUUCAAUAAGCAAUCAUUGAUUAUUGAACCAAUUGUAGAUAGCUUUAUUGAUGAGAUACGAGUUCAAAAUAAGGUUGAUUUGGAAGUACAUGCCGUGGAGGAUGGUGAAAUGUUAUAAGAAUAAAUUGUUAUAAUCUCUUAUAACUUGCUAAAAAUGUAAUAUUACUUAUAAUUGUUAUCCAAAUAAGGGAUUAUAUUUUUACCUAAAAUAUUAAAAUUAGUUCCAGGCUAGAAUGUAGAUGGAAAAUGGUCCAGAUCAAAAACUAUUUCAGCUUUACAAAGCAAUAAUAAAAACAAACUAACGUUACGAGCCAUUAUUAUAUAUUACCUUUAGCCAUUGGUCUGAUUUUUAGUAGCAAAAUCAAAGUAUUGGAGGAUUUAAAGUUAACAUUCAAAAUAAAACAAGGUAUAACCUUUCCUUUGAUACAUCAUGUUUAACUUUAAAAUUAUUUUAUUCCUAGCUUAUCCGUUCUAAAAAUCUCACCAAUGACAUAUGGUAACUUAUAGCAAUGGCCGUAAAAGGAAUUCAUUCUAAUUUGUAGAUAUGUUUCAUACGACAUCACCAUUCGUUUUUUUAUCAUUUCCCAAUAUGUCUCAAUUAAUUAAUCGUCAUUAAGUCUCAUUUUAUAUUAAUUCAUAUUCACAUUGAAUAGUUGAUGUUUACAUAUUUUGUACUUACAAUCUUUACAUAGAUAUAUAAGAGAAUUUGUAAAUUGAAUAAAAA